CCUUCCUUUUCUGUGUUUCCCCUCUCUCUCUCUCUCUCUCUCUCUCUCUCUGUGCUAGCUGCUAGCAGAGCAGAGUGUCAGUCAGUGAGUGCGCAGUGCAUGUUCGCCAUGGCAAGCGCCGGCGGCAAGGAGGAGCCUGGAUUGUUGGUGAAGCAGGGGACCAAGCUCCACGCCAAGAUGCUCUCCAAGGAGGCGGCGGCGCAGCUCGCGGUACCGUCGUUCCGGGUGUACUACUCCGUGGCGUCGGCCGGCGCGGUGCCGUUCCUGUGGGAGUCGCAGCCGGGCACGCCCAAGCACGACUCGUCCUCCGCGGCCGAGCUCCCGCCGCUCACGCCGCCGCCGUCCUACUACUCCGCAGGCCGGGGCGGCGCCGGCGCCGGCCGCUCCAGGAGCCGCCGGCCCGGCCUCCUCGCCGCCAUCCUCCCCAGGAUCACCCUCCACCGGUGGCCCGGCAGCAGCCGGACGACGUCGGCGUGCCCGUCCUGGUCCUCCACGUCCUGGUCGUCCUCGAGUUCCAACACGUCGUCCACGAUGUCGCCCGUGUUCACCGUCCAGUCGUCGCCCGCCGUGCACGUGGGGGCUUCCCGCGGCCACCACGGGCGCGCGAUCUCGGCCGGCGGCGCCUACGACGAGGCCACGCCGCGGUGCUUCUCGGUGGAGCGUGAGUGCUACGAGAGGCGGGUCGUGAAGGGGUGCGGCGUCGCGGUGGCCUUAAGGAACGCGCUGGCCACGGUCGUCGUCGGCAAGCCCGGUCGGCGAGCUGCCACCAGCGCCGCAGCAUAGACAGGAUUUGAUUGAAAUUGAUAUGGCUAAGAAGCUCAGGGUGUGCUUUGCAUUUUGCCGCAGCAUGUGUCAUGUAACGUACUCCCACCGUCCUAAAAUAAGUGCGUAUCAUGUUUAUGUA